UUAUUUAAGAAAAUGGCCGACUCUUUGGCAAAGUAUGGGAUUUACAUUGAUGAUUUAAGUAAGAUACGUGUAUUAGAACCGGAAGUGGCGAAUCAGACAAACAAGCUCAAAGAAGAAUGCCGGAAUUUCAUUUCGAAAAUUACCGAGUUUCAAACGAAUUCCGAUGAAUUUAUACAAAUAAUUGAUCGAUUGGCGAACGAAGUGGAAAAGGAGAAAAUGAAAACGAUUGGAACCCGAAAUUUACUUCGUUCCAUGGCGAAAGAAAGAGAGGCUCAAAAACAACAAAUUCAGGCGCAAAUUGUUGAGAGAUCUAUGGAGCUUGAGAGACUUCGUAUACAAUAUGAUUCUUUAAAAAAAAUUGAAAUGGAACAGUUAGAAACCAUUGAACAAUUAACUGUGAAUUAAAAACUUGAAUCAGUUAAAAGAAUUGUAAUUAAUUGUAAUUUUCGAUUUAAGGAGCGCAAGUAAAAUUACAAAAAUAAUUAGAGCGACAUAUAUUAUGAAACAAGAUAUUUAUACAUAAGUUUAUGACGAAGUUUGCAGUUAAGACGGUAUCGGGGUUUAAACCCUUCUUAAUAAGACGGCGUCGAAUGUACAUACAUAUUGUGAAGGUUCUCAACCCCUGAAUCAGAAAGGCACAUCAGUUAAUUCUGACAAUGAGUGAUACUAGGUACUGCUUCUAGUAUUCAUAUGCUAUUGAUCUCCUUGACAAUAGUGUUAUUUUCUCCUUUUCGUAAAUGUUACGAUUAUUUUCUUUCUAUAAUUAAGAACAGUUUUUCAUACAAUUACUGUCUACUAACAGCCGCAAUUACAUGUGAGCAUUGGUAAAAGAUGAAUAACAAUAAAAAAGUCUAAAGCAAGUUGUGAAGAUACCGCGGAUAAUUUAUAUUAAUUGUUUAUCCAACAGCUAUACUGUUUUAGUGAACAGAAACGUUGCAUUUUGUAAAUACGCAAUCGUUGCGGUAUUCUAUAUGAUGAAAUAGUGGUAUAAUGAAACCAUGUUUGUGAGAUAACAAAUAUCUUGUGAAGCAGUAUUUCUAUAUUUUACUUAUUAAAAAUGUUUCUUAUUUAUGUAUCAUCACCAUGUAAAAAAGAAAUCGAACUAGUCAUAUAGAUGAAAAACUAUGUAAGCACAUAGUGUGGAUAUAACGAUUUCGACUGAAAUAAAGUACAUACUUCUUAAAAACAGAUAAAUAAUUUAAAUAUUUUCCCAUCCUCCCUUUUUACACAUUUCUUAUGUUAAUUUAGUCUACUUUUCAACACAUAUUUUAUGAAUGUUCAAAUUGUUUGCGUUUAGAUUUGAAUCUGAUUAAUAAUUUUAUCAAAGUAUUUUUAUCGUUUAAAUGAAUAUCGUGAUACGUUAUUAUAAAUUUGCAAAACAUUUCUGAUGUUAUAUGAAAUUUGAAAAGAAAUUUAGAAUUUUUCAAGUUAGAUAGUACCCCAUAGUACAGCGCAUACCCUUUUACCAGUAUUUUUAGUACAAGAUCACAAAUUGGUAACGCAUAAUACGCAAUUGUUCUCAAUACACGAUACAGUUUACACAUAUCGAGACUACUCGCACACCCAUCCAUUCAACCACUAUACCCAGGGAUUCAAAAAUAAACUUUAUUUCGUAAAAGUAAGAAAUGGUAUCGUGUUGAAUUACAAAUAUAAAUCCUAUGGUCUAAAUUUAUAAAUAUGUACAAUUACAUAUCUACUAUGGAUGUCAUCUAAAAACUCAAAGAGUAUAUUUCGUAAAUGUUGAUGGAGCAAAUGGGAUGAUGUGUCAUUGAUAUAAUCGGGUUGUUUUUUUAUGUAAAAAUCGAAACUAUAGACACGAAGAAAGUCGUUUGAAAAAUGUGAAAGUUUAAAAUCAAAUGUAUUUUUGACCUAAUCAUUACUGUAUCUUACGCACUAUUCGUAAAAUCUUACAAGGCUUUGAUUUAGUAAAUGAUUUUAGACUGAUGUUAUUUAUACUUGCCAUCUACCUUAUCAUUACCAUAGAAAGUACUUAUAAAGAGAAACAUCUAUUACUUUGUUAAUUAUACAGAAUUAUGUUUGAAUACCUUACAUAUUUUGUACACGAUGUUAUAAAAAUGUUAGACCGUAUAAUGCAUUAUUCAUUAAUAACACUAUCCAACAUGAACUUUGUUCUGCAAUAUCCACUGAGUGAUUCUUAUAGUGUUUCUCGUCCUAAAUACGAAUCUGAAAGUCAAAUUGUUCUAUUGCUAGAGUACUACAUUUUCUCUCAAAAUCGAUCGACUUUACAAAACCUCGCGUUUUUUGAAAACUGAGGGUGAUGGACCAAUUUGGCUUCCAGAUUCGUAUUUAGAACGAGGAACACUAUAAGAAUCUUCUAAUGGAUAUCGCAAAACCUAAAAAAAGUUUUAAUUUGUUGGACAGUGUAACAAAUGCAAUGAAACUAUUUUAAGUCAUCGAUUUUCGCGUAAAAAUUAAAAGAUGAAUGUUCAUUUCCAUUCAACAAAAAGAUUCAUUCACAUCAUAGUAGACUUCUAAUACGAUGAUGUAACCAGUAAAAUAUCAUCCUCAUGUGCUCCAACUCAUCAGUCUGCCACCAAUAGCCAGCACUAACAUUACUUUACAUGUUAUUUGAAGUAACUGUAUUGAUCGCCGUCGAGUAUCCGUUCAAAAUUCACAGUUCAAUAGAAUUACAGCAUUUUACAUAAAUUCACAUUCACUCAUCUGUCCCCAG